UGUGCCCAUGGCAGACAUCCAUUAUGUUAGGGGUUGGUUUCUGUGUCGCCGCAGACCUUCUGGAUAAUUAGUCAGUGCUGCUCUUAGAGGUAUUGCGUUUUUUGCCCCCCCCUGUACUGCUGUCGGUUUCAGAUGUCUUGUCGUACGAGUGGCUGCAUGAGACAGUGUGCUGAUUUGAUGUUUUAUGGCUGGGCACAAAGGAGGGUCUGGGGGGAGUGAUGGUCUAGUCACUGCUCAUGCUUACAAAGGAGCAUUGCUACCCUGCCCCCCCGCACUCUGUAUGACGCACUGUAUCUGCCUGUGAUCUCAAUGGGCCUGCAGCCUGGCCACUCAUGCCCCUACCAGACCAAGGCAUUGAUUCAGCCCCCUGCUCCCACGUGGCGUCUCCGCAUUCCAUGCGUGCCCGCCCACUCCAGGUCCCAGCCUGGCAUCGUAGAACAGCAAGUUUAGGGACCUUGAUGACGUUUCCAGCUGUGUAGGGGUGCUCUGGGGGUGACGAGGUGGGUCUUGGGGGGUGAUGUGAUGUCAGUAGACAGUGACCAAGAGCCAGUCUGCCUCAACAAUGGUGACUCUACCAGGAUGAUUGCAGCUGUGUUCCCAGACCCAAAGCCUCAUUAUAUCUACAUAGUAGCCAACUGUCUCCUGGCCCCAUCCAUCCAUUUUCCAAACCGCUUAUCCUACUGAGCCUAUCCCGGAAGCAAUGGGCACGAGGCAAGGAACAACCCAGGAUGGGGGGCCAGCCCAUCACAGGAUCCUGGCCCCAUAUCUUUGGAAAUUCUCCUCUAGUCAGUUGUAUGGCUUUUGAAACAUUAGUAUCAUAUGAUAGUGAGUGAGCUCAGAAUUACUGGUUUUUGAUGAUAGACUGGCAUAUUUUAAUUUACUAUUAGCAUACAUAAUUUCCUAAUAGCUUACUUUUCCUACCAAUGUACUGCUUUAAUAACAGAAAAUUGUUCUCAAGGAAAUUUAAUGUCUGAUAAGAUACUGGUACAUUGUUGUGUAGCAGAAAGUGCGUAAAAUAAACCCACAUUUCUAUGGAAAUGAAACUGGAAAUCUGAGUCAGCUUUCCGUUUACCAUUCCAUACUUUUGAUUGCUUUCUAUAUCUCAGCACAGUGCGUUGCGGCGAUGCAUGUUUUUUUUUUUUAUUGGACUCUGGUGCCUUGGUGAAUUAAAUACUUGAGUUUAGGAGAGGGGGGGGAGCGGGGGUAGACGUCUCCCAACCGCAAGGCAGCGGGCAAGAUGCAUGGACACAAUCGAAUUUUUGUAUUCAACCCUACACUCCCAUGCACUAUGCAUUCAUCAACCACUCCCCCCUCCCUGACUCUAGGAUCUGUAUUUCCUUACAGACUCCGCUUUCAGCCCUCCUACCACACACACUGACCGACACUGACAACCUCGGCCAUGCGCAGGAGAGUCUGAAGGCGGGUCUCUGUUCAGCCGGCUGCAGCUUGAGCACCGAGAGGCGCGGAAGGUGGUCAUCGGAGCGUGAUUUUUCUCUUUGCUUUCCGUAAAGCUCGCACCGCACGGAGGCACCACGGAAUGGGUACCGCGGCAUCGCCCGGGUUAGCCAGAAAGUCAUCGUAGAUGAGGAACCGGUGACAGCGCGCUUGCGAGCCGCGGACCACCAGCUGCCCUGGGGUGGUGCUGGGGAGGGGAACUGGAGCCAGACGUCCUAGGAGGACAUCGCACCCCUAUUUGCACGGUCUCACUGUUGCUGUUUUCUCAAUAUUCAGAAACAAAAUCUUUUUGAGUCCCAGAAGGAUUAAUGCCCAUUACGGUGCCUCACCCUGGAGCUGCUGAACUGAUAUUCUUGACUCGCCCAGUGGUCUCUUCUUGAAGAAAACUGCUAAGCUGGGAUCAUGAUAGGGAAGCAGGGAAGGCAGUGGAGGUCUAUUUGCAAAGGACUGAUUCUUGGGACCCUGAUGACCAGCUGUAUGAUUCUCCUUUAUUGCCUCUCUGCUCCUCAGGUUCAACUCAAUCUCCAAGAGGUACCAGUGCCUUACUCCUGUGCCCAUAGACCAGCACGUACCCUACAAGUUUCAAACAGCUCCCAGAUUUCCCCGGGGCUGGCAGGCACUUGUACACCCAAGGUGGAUGUCAUGUUUAUGAAGACCCACAAAACGGCCAGCAGCACUCUCCUGAACAUCCUAUUCCGUUUCGGGGAGAAACACCGGCUGAAGUUUGCCUUCCCUAACAGUCGCAAUGACUUCUUCUACCCCUCACUCUUCCAGCGGUCACAAGUCAAGGACUACAGACCCGGAAUGUGUUUCAACAUCAUUUGCAACCACAUGCGUUUUAAUGAGCCUGAGGUGAUCAAGCUGCUGCCCUCUGACACCACGUAUGUCUCCAUCUUGCGGGAUCCUGCAGAGCUCUUUGAGUCCUCUUUCCACUACUUUGGUCGACUAGCGCCCUUCACCUGGAAGAUCUCCGCAGAGGACAAGUUGGCUGAAUUCCUUCAGGACCCCUGGCACUACUUCGAUCCCGAAGGCUACAACUCCUUCUACCUCAAGAAUUUGCUUUUCUUUGACUUUGGGUUUGACAAUACAAUGGAGCCGGAUGACCCACGAGUGGAUGAGAGCAUCCGUUCCAUUGCAGAACGGUUUCGGUUGGUGAUGCUGGUGGAAUAUUUUGAGGAGUCACUCAUCCUGCUGAAGGACACUCUCUGCUGGGAGAUGGAGGACUUGCUGUUUUUCAAACUCAAUGCCCGAAAGGGCUCCACGGUGUCCAGACUGAAGCCAGAAUUGAGGGCCCAGGCACUGCAAUGGAAUGGCAUUGACUGGAAGCUCUACCAGCAUUUCAAUGCAACUUUUUGGAGAAAGGUAGAGGUUUAUGGGCGACAGCGCAUGGCCAAGGACGUGGAAGAGCUCCAGAGGAGAAAUAAGGAAAUGGCAGCAAUCUGCAUAGAAGGAGGUCAGGCUGUGGAGGCCAGUAGCAUCCAGGAGACAGCCAUGCAGCCAUGGCAACCUAUUGGGGAGAAGUCCAUCAUGGGCUACAACCUGAAGAAGAACAUUGACAAGAAGCAUCGUAAGCUUUGCCGAAAGAUGCUCACCCCAGAGCUUCAGUAUCUGACUAAUCUGGGGGUCAAUUUGUGGAUCACGAGACUCUGGGGUUAUGUGAGAGAUGUUAUCAACUGGUAGGAACAACAUGGCUGGAAAGCAGAAAGCAAAUGGCAGAUUAUGAGAACAGCUAACGAAGAAAGGUGCGUUUCAAGCUCCCCCUUAAAACAGUGAAACCCAAAAUCACACCCUGAGUGACUUAUACUCUUCCCAGUGGAGAUACGUGCCUUUUUCAGCCAUUAUAUGCUGCAUAAAAUUAUGACUUUUAUGGACUUGUUGACAGUGAACAUCAGUACACCACCUAAUUUAUUCUGAUACUAUUGUGCUGAUCGGUUUCUCUUAAACAAUGCUGUUUGCUCAAUACUAUUUAUUCUAUAGGUGCUUGGAAAACCAGAAAAAUAGUCAGUGUGAAGAUAUUUCUUCCUUAUGUCAUGGCAAAAAAACUGUGACCUUCUGCUUCAUGCAGCCAUGACGCCACAGCUCUGUGAAGAUUAGAUCUACACAUAACGUGAUGUCAGAAGAACGAUGACCUACUGAACAUUUCGCCCUUGUUGUUUUUACAGAUGUGUUAUAUCGACACAGAUUACUGAUGACAAUGAAAUAGUCAGUUGGCAUUCGGAAGGCAUUUUGCAAAAAAUACACUUGGAAAAACCCUAAAAUGUCAAUCUCAAGAUAGUUUCUUUAAAAACUUGUUGUUAAAGUGGGGAAUCUCCACUUCAUACAGUCAUGUUCAUUUCACUGUAAAAUAAUUACCUCUUGAAUCUUACAGUGCUAGUGAACAUUUACAGCAUAUCUCUAUCUGUAAAUUGUGUACAGAACUUUCUCCUAUGUCAAAUAACAUGAUUUCUCAUCUCAACUGCUCUUCCUGCCACUUUUCUUUGGUGCGGGUUGCAGUGCCAGCAUGGUGUCAUACUUUGGGAAUCUCUAGAUGAUCCCAAACCAGCUAGGAGAUAAAAUGCCUCAGGUUCUGAAGAAACAGAGGGUCUAUUCCAUGGUUCCUCUGGCUCUCUAAACUCCUCAGCCUGAGAAGAAACCUCAUUUUGGCUGCCCCAAACUGGUGACCUUUUUCAUUCUUCCAUUUCACCACCAUGGUUAACUGAAGUCAGCGAACCAAUCGACCUGUUAGUCUCAUGUUCCCUCUUACCAUCAUUCGUGAACAAGAUCCUGAGGUAUUUAAACUCCUUCACUAAGGGUAGACUGGCCUGAACUCUUUCCAACUACAGCUAUGCCUCAAUAUCCUAUCAAUAAAAAUCACAAGCAGCAUGUAAUUUCUUUACAUUUGACAUAACAAGUAACCCGUUGAACAACUUUUCUUGAUGCCAACAUUCAGCACUGAUGACAAUGAAAUACUCAGUUAUUAACUAGCUGGAAUAAGUUAAGUUAAAAUUGCUUUGUCUUACUUUAAAUCAACCUGACUUUGACUUCAGUUCAGUUAAAUCCAUGUAUAUGUGUGGCCUUUUCAGCACAGUAUAGGACAAAGGAUACGACGGACAGCAAUUUAAGUCAAUUUGUAGCAAUUAAGAUAUGAUACACUGUACAGAGAGACAUACUUAAUUCAUGGUGACCAUUUAAAAAAUUCAGCACAGAGAGUUCAGUGGAGUUCUCUUCAUUCAUGAGACACCUUGGAGCACAAACAAAUUCUACAAUGUGGAUACAUAGAAGAAAACUUUUGAAGUCUGCAAAAUAAAGGCACAUUUGAAAAUA